AUGGUCUCUUGCAGCGCACCGUGCCUCGCACUGGAGGUAUCUGCCGACAGUGCUAAAAGGCCAGCCCAAAUAGUGCUUUCGAAUCAAGUAACGUUUUGUCUUCUGUCACCGUUUUUUCCAUGCGAAAUGGCGCCGUCUCAGGUUGACUUCUUAUUUGCUCCAAGAGAGUUGGAGGAGCGGAGAUCAGGCCUGAACAAGCGUCGAUGUGGGGGCUGCUCGUUGGCUGCACUCGUAUUUGUUCUCUUACAGUUUGAAGUUGUCAUUGUACCGCUCGGAGCGGUGCACUCCAGUACAAGUGAGCAACAGCACAUUCCAUAUUUCUAG